AUGUUUAUAUCAAAUAAAAACGUACGUUUCUUUAUUUUCUUUUUAAUUCAACAAUAUUUUAUUUUUUGUUUAAAAACCGAAAUAAAAUUUCAUAUAAAUAACGUACCAUCAUUAUUUCGUUGUGAAAAAAAUGGACCAUUAUUUUAUUUUAAUCAUUUUCCAAAUGAUGAUCUAUUUCAUCAAACAUUAUUAGAAAAUGAUUUUUUGUGUGAUUUAUCGUUAUUAUCAAUAGAUCAACGUUCUAUUAUUGGAAUCGAUCAACUGAAUCUAUUAUGUGAAAUUCAGAAUAAAAAAAAUCAUAUAAAUGAAUUUCUUUUAUUUUCAUCUAAAUGUUCAAAAGAUUUAUGUAAAAAAUUUGUACCAACAACAGCUUCAAUUAUUACCCAAUAUAAAACAGGAAAUAUAAAUGUCGAAAAAAUAAACUUAGUGUUUUAUGGUAAUCAUUCAAAUCAAUUAAUGAUUGGAAAAUUAACAGAUGAUAAAUAUUUAAGAACAAGUAGUUCUUUACACAAUGGUGAUAUUCUAACAAAUCAAAUUGUAUUUCAAUAUGAAGAUAAUAAUUAUGUUAAUAUGAUGUGUGAUACUGUCAAACCUGAUUGGUCAUGGAUUUGUUAUUAUUAUCCAUCCAAAUCUGAAGAUCCAUUAGAUCAUAAUAUGAUUUAUAGAGCUGUUGAAGAAUUUGAGAAAACAAAUCCGAAAGGAACUCGUAUAUUAUUAAGAAAAUUUGAAGAUAGUCUAAAUAAUUCUUCGUCAUCAUCAAAUGGACCAAUGUCUAGUGAUUUAUCAAAAGUUUCUACAUUUAUGUCAUUAUUUUUAAUCUUAUUGAUGUGUAUCUGUGGAAUUUGUUAUUGUAAUAAAAAGAAAACGGAUAAAAAAUUAAUUAAUCGAUCAUCUCAAGAAUCACAAUAUUCUCCAGAAACAUUAGACGAAGUUUUCAUUGAAUAA